CAUCAACUCCACGCCGACAACCUUACAGCUCGCUCAUCGCCCACACCACAGUCGCAAAACUCCGUCUUCUUGCAACAGCCUUUUCUCACCCACAAACAGCUGAAGCCGCAAUGAUGAUGUCCACUGGGAUGCUAGGAGAGGAUGGCAUUCACGUCGACAUGAACCACCUGAAGAAGGGUGAAGUCAACCUGGGUACCUCUAUUAUGGCGAUCAACUUCAAGGACGGUGUGAUAUUAGCGGCAGACAGCAGAACGACGACCGGCGCCUAUAUCGCGAAUCGAGUCACCGACAAGCUCACACAAGUUCACGACACCAUCUGGUGUUGUAGAUCCGGCUCGGCAGCGGACACACAGGCUGUCGCUGACAUUGUACACUACCAUCUCGGCAUGUACGGUAUCACCAACGACGAACCACCAACAACCCAGACCGCAGCAGCCAUCUUCCAGGAGCUCUGCUACUCGAACAAGGACUCUCUCUCGGCUGGCUUGAUCAUCGCUGGAUGGGACCAGAAGCACGGCGGCCAGGUGUACUCCAUCCCACUCGGAGGUUCUCUGCACAAGCAAGCGUACGCGAUCGGCGGUUCGGGGUCCACAUACAUCUACGGAUACUGUGACGCAAACUGGAGGGAGCAGAUGACAGAGGAGGAGGGCAUCAAAUUUGUCAAGGGUGCGCUCUCUGAAGCCAUCAAGUGGGACGGCAGCUCUGGUGGUGUGAUUCGUAUGGUAGUGCUCACAGCCACUGGUGCACAGCGACAUCUGUACCUGCCAGACCAGAACUACGAAGGCCCAGGCAGGCAGUAGUCCGUCGGUGCUAGAGGGUGAAGAUGCGUUCAAGACAAAAGACAUAGAUCUGCAGCUCUGAGCGAGGCAUGACCAUUACGAUGAAAUGAAGCCUUGUACAAAAACCAGUGACGGUCAAUGAUACGGGUUCAAUUGAUGGGUGAAAGCGGCACUCUCAUACGGACAAAGUGUUCAGUUGUCUGAGCAGCAUUUGGCAUCAGUUCCCUUCCCCUACAAAGUAGGUAGAUGUUGCAGUUGAGGCUGCGAUGUGGACCUGUGUCAACCCAAUCAAAGCUCGGCUUUUUGUGCGACUCUCAUCCAACUAAACGUU